AUGGGAGAUCAAGUUCCACGCAUCUUGGUCGGCAACAUUUCCUGGCAAAUUAAGGAAGAGGAUCUUCGUCCUCACCUCGAACCAUUCGGAAAAGUAUUGUCGAUUAAAAUUCCAAGGAAAUCUAACGGCUAUUCAAAAGGUCUAGCUAUUGUAGAUUAUUCAACAAUGGAAGAGGCAAAAGCUGCAUGCGAAGGACUUAAACAGAAAGUUCUUUUCGAGAGAGAAGUUUACCCUUCUUUAGCUUCAGAAUCCGCGCCAAGACGCAGAGGUCCAAGUAGACCAAGAGAUAGACGUUACGACGAUCGUGAUCGCGAUAGAGAUCGUGAGCGCUCACGCUAUGAUCGCGACAGACGCCCACGCCGCCAUUAUAACGACUAUUACAGUGAUGAUGAGUACAAUCGCGACCGUGAGCGCCGUGGUCGUCGUCGUUAUGAUUAUUCUAGUGAUGAUGACUAUGAUUAUCAUCGUCGCUAUUCAGAUCGUCGUGAUGUUAGGUACAUGGACCGCCGUGAUGAUAGAUACUCCCCACCAAGAGGUCGCCGCGAUGAUUCCCCACGCCGCAAUUAA